CCAGAGUCUGGGAGUGGCAGCGCGAGGGAGAGGCAGAGUUGGCAUAUGCCCUCCUUUGCCAGGCAGGAGGCCACCUUCCCAGCUGAGCCUACCUGGUCGGAGGGCUCCUUACUGCAGGGCGGGACGUCCGAAGGCUGGAGCCCACCUGUCCUCAGGAGGAGCCAUCAGCAGGGUGAGCCCGCGCCCGGCACGGCAUGUGCAGCCCCGAGGAGGCGGCCCUGCUGCAGCAGGAGGAGGUCUUCACCGCCACCCUCGCCCGGAUCAGCAGCCUCGUCCUCCAGCCCCUGCUCACGGCCGAGCCCUCGGACGCCCGGGGCAGAGAGGGCCUGCGGCUCCUGCAGCAGCUGCACGGGUGCGCCCAGCGGCUGUGGGAGGUGACGGAGCGGAGCCUGCGCUCGCUGCGGGAGCGGCUGCGCCACCCGGAGGCCGUCAAGCUGGAGUCCCUGCUGCUGCUGCGCGAGGCGGACCGCGUCCUGCAGGUCCACGUGGAGUACAUCGAAUCCUACACAAGCUGUGUGGUGGUGCAGGCCUUUCAGACGGCGGCAAAGCAGAGGAGCAGGGACUACUGGCGGGGCCGGCGGAAGGCCCUGCGGCAGCUGCUGUGGGGCCUGAACCCCGGGGGCUCCAUGGGCACCGCGAUGGUCCAGGCCCUGCGCCAGCCGCUCGCCCACCACGUGCAGAAGUAUGCGCUCCUCCUGCUGAGCCUCGGCGAUGCCCUCGGGGAGGGUCACCCCGCCCGGGAGCUGGUGGUGCAGGCGGCUGCCCUCUUUGGGGACCUCCAGUCCUUCAUGAAGCAGGCGCUGGACCAGGCCGAGGCCACACAGGCCCUGUGGCACAGCCUGAGCGGCCGGCUGCGGGAUGCCCUCUGCACCCCUGCUCGCCGCCUCUUGCAAGACAGCCAGGACGUCCCCGUGACGGUCACGCCACUGCAGGCCGAGCGGGUGCUGCUCUUCGACGACAUCCUCGUCCUCCUGCAGGGUCACAGAGCCCACACCUUCGACCUGAAGCUGGUGUGGGUGGAUCCCGAGCAGGACGGGCGCGCCUUUCACCUCCUCACUCCGGAAGAGGAGCUUUUCUUCGGUUCCAAGCGCCCCCAGGACCUGGUGCUCUGGCGGCACACGGUCACCCAGGCCGUGUGCCGGGCUCUGCGGGGGAAGAAGGACUUCCUAGUGCGGGGGGCCGGCCUGGCGUCCUGCGAGACCCCCGCCUGCCGCUCCGCGGCGCACACCUUCCUGGCAGAGGGCCGGCUCUGCCGGGCCACGUAUGAGGGCGAGUGGUGCCGGGGCCGGCCCCACGGCAGGGGAACCCUGAAGUGGCCUGACGGGAAGAACCACGUGGGCAGCUUCUGCCAGGGCCUGGAGCACGGCUUUGGCAUCUGCCUGGUGCCCCAGGCCGCCGAGGACAAGUUCGACUGCUACAAGUGCCACUGGCGGGACGGCAGCAUGUGCGGCUAUGGCAUCUGUGAGUACAGCUCGGAUGAGGUGUACAAGGGCUACUUCCAGGCGGGCCUGCGGCAUGGCUUUGGGGUCCUGGAGAGCUCCCCGCAGGCCCCUUGUCCCUGCAAGUACACGGGCCACUGGGAGCGGGGCCAGCGCAGCGGCUACGGGAUCCAGGAAGACGGCGGCAGGGGCGAGCGCUACAUUGGCCUGUGGCAGGCAGACCAGCGCCACGGCCCUGGGCUCCUGGUCACCCAGGCAGGCGUCUGCUACCAGGGGACCUUCCAGGCAGACAAGAUGGUGGGCGCAGGGACCCUCCUCUCUGAAGACGACUCCUUGUGUGAGGGCACCUUCACCAGGGACCUGACCCUCCUGGGGAAGGGCAAGGUCACCUUCCCCAACGGCUACACCCUGGAGGGCUCCUUUGGCAGCGUGGCCCGCAGGGGGCUGUACACACAGGGCGUGCUGGACACGGCCGCCCCCCUGCCCGACCCCAGCAGCACCUGCCGGAGGCAGCUGGGCCUGGGCGCCUUCCCUGCAGAGGGCCGCUGGCAGGGCGUCGUCGGCCCCUUCCGGGACUUUGUGCGUGCCGGCUGCCCCGGGGACCUGCAGGAGGCGCUGCUGGGCUUCCACGUGCAGAGCCUGCGGGAACUGCGAGAGUCCCAGGAGUACCUGUGCUGCGAGAGGACCCUGCUGGACGACAGUGUGGGCAGGAUGGAGGACAUCCUGGAGGAGGUGGCACGGCACCGGGAGCCGGAGGCCCUGCAGCAGUGUCUCCGGAAGGCCCUGGGCAGCUCGCUGCACCCCCUGGGGAAGCUGCUGCGGAUGCUGAUGCUGACCUUCCAGGCCACGUACUCGGGCUUCGGGGCCAACAAGCACCUGCAGGCGCUGGCCCAGGAGGAGGUGAAGCAGCACGCCCGGGAGCUCUGGGCCGCCUACAGGGGGCUGCUGCAGGUUGCCUUAGAGCACAAGGGCGAGGCCCCAGCCGAAGAGGAAGAUGCAGAGACAAGGACCCGGCAGGUGCACCGGCUGGUGCUGCCCCUCGUGCUGCCCAGCUUCUACUCGGAGCUCUUCACGCUCUACCUGCUGCUCCACGAGCACGAGGACCAUCUGUACGGCCAGGGCAUCGCCAGCCUGGGCCUCUUCCCGGACACCCAGCUCCUGGAGCUGCUGGACGUGCAGAACGUCCUGUUGCAUUUCUUACAUUUCAGGCACCUGUGGCCCCUCAAGAACCUCAUGCUGAUGCCCCAUCAGAGACACUCCCUGGUGUCAGCCACCGAGUGUCUGCAGAAGAUCGUCACCACCGUGGAUGCCCAGGAGAAGCUGGAGGCGCUGGAGAGGACGUAUGAGGAGAUCGAGGCCACGGUGUCCUGGGUGCUGGGCCAGGAGCACAAGCUGCCCAUGGACGACCUGCUGCCCCUGCUGGUCUACGUGGUGGUGCGUGCCCGAAUCCAGCACCUGGGAGCCGAGAUCCACCUGACCCGGGACAUGAUGGACCCCAGCCACACUGGCGGCCGUCCUGUUACCAGCACAUCCAGAGGGACGGCCGGCUCGCCUCCACGGCCCACCUGCCAGGACUCCAGGGGGCCCUGGUCGCUCUGCCCGCCCUGGGCCAGCCGUAGUGAUGAGCAGGCUGUGUGGACUCCAGGCAGCCAGCAGGGGGCAGCAGGGGCCCUGCAGGUGGUGCUCUCGGAGUUUCUCGCAGGGAGACGCGCGGCAGCCCCGACCGGAUCGGUGAGGGGACCGGUGUGGCCCCAGUGCCACGGUGCCUUCCUCUGCCACCAGACCAGUCUCCAGCGACCUUCACCGGCAGUGGCUCGCAGGCUGGGGGAGGAGCCACUGGCUUCUCCUUGCCUGAGCCUUGCUUUCAAGUCCUUGAGCCUCAGUGUUGCCAUCUGUAAAAUGGACUUGUCUGUAAAGGGCCUUUCAUCUGUCCUGCUGCUGGAGUUCUGGGCUGGACCCGCGAUUCUCAUGUCACCGUCUGUGUCCUCAGUUUCCCCUUUCCCUGGAAGAGCUCCUGGUGACCCCUCCAUCUACCAGCCUUUUCCCAUGAGUGGCUCCUGGGACCUGACUCCUUUCGGACUCCGCCAGUGAAGACGGGAGGGGUGGUUUGUGCAGCUGCCGGGCCCCCUGCGCCCUUCCCUGGACGGAAGCAGGAGGCGGCUCAGGAACCACCGGAGCCUCGGGCUGGGGCACACACAGACACUCAGAUGAUUGGGCGGCGGCGAGAGACUUGGGGCCCCUGUGCUGCCCCCUGCGGAGGAAAGGGGGCGGCUGUCUCUAACUGGGGUCGCCACAUGCGGGUCGGAGGUCGAGGGAGGCUGCCCAGCGUGCUUACCCAGGACUAGGGCACUGACCGGUGUGCCGCCCUCUCCAGCCAGUUCUCCGCCUGGACCAGGGCCAGCGGGCGGGCAAGCCCUGCACCUCCCAGCCCGCCGCCUCCCGCUGCCUCUGCCUCU